CCUUUUCCAGAAAACCCUAAAAGAGCUUACCAGUUCACCAACCUCUCCCUCUCUUGUUUAUUCGUUUCUCUCAUAUCCUCAGUUGUCAGCGCCGUUCGCAUCACAUUUCUUCUUCUCACGGCUUCUACAAAUGCCGAAGCAAAUCCAUGAGAUAAAGGACUUCCUUCUGACUGCAAGAAGGAAGGAUGCGCGGUCAGUUAAAAUCAAGAGGAGCAAGGAUGUAGUGAAGUUCAAGGUUCGGUGCUCAAAGUACCUUUACACGCUCUGCGUCUUUGACUCUGAGAAGGCUGAUAAAUUGAAGCAGUCUCUUCCACCAGGUUUGAGUGUGCAAGAUCUUUGAACAAAGUAGUGUGGGUGACCUUUCUUUGAACAAAAUCAAUCAGGAGGCUGAAAAGAAAAACGUUUGGCAGUAGUCAGUCUAUUUCUUUUCUUAUUUAUUUUCAAUCAUUGAAUGAAUGAAUGAAUGUCUUAAUUUUUAUAGGGACUGCUGGUGUUCUUGGCAUUAAUAGGACUGUGUUUCUUUUAUUCUAUGAACCUUUUCAAAUUUUCGACCGUCUGAGAUUGGUUUGUCGUUGAGUCCAUUCCAAACUUUGAUUAUCA